AUGCUGCAUGUCGUGUCCUUCUGCCCUCCCCUCCCUGGCAGGUGGUGGGAGGGGGUGAUAACAGCGCUGCCCGACGAUCCAGCAGCCAGCAUGGCCACUGUCGAGUUCCCAGGGUACGGGGAGAUGGCGCAGAAGCAGCUGACGUGGCAGCAGCUGCGGCCAUCGAUGGUGUUUGAUGGGCGGGAGAGGGAGUGGGUGAUGGUGCGCGCGCAGGCCGUGGGGGAGGGGGAGGGGGUGGAGGAGGGGGGAGGGGAGGAGGAAGAUGAUGAGGUGGAGGAGGUGGUGCCUGCUCCCAUGGCACAUGUCAGGGUGAGAGUGACCCGGCACUGCCGCGUCCGAGGGGGCGGCCCCCCUUGCAUGGCAGGGGAAGGGGCCGGGCCAGGGGCAGGGGCAGAGGCAGGGGCAGGGGGCGAGGGAGAGCGCGAGGCAGGGGGAGGGUCCCCUGGUACUGAAGGGCAACUGGAGGCGAUGCAGCAGCUGAAGCUUGGCUUCGAGGGGAGCAAGCCCGCUGCGCUCGCCACGUGGACCACCAGCGACCCCUGCGACGGCACGUGGGUCGGCGUCACGUGCGCGCGGCCCGGCGUCGUCACAAGACUCGAUUUGUGCGACAUGGGCAUCGCAGGCGCGCUGUCGCCGUUCAUCGGCAACCUCACGGGGCUGCUGCAGCUGCGGCUGUGCAACAACCAGAUCGCCGGGCAGAUUCCUCCCGAGCUUGGCAAGCUGUACUCGGUACAAGAAGUCGAGCUACAGGACAAUAAAUUCACGGGCGAGCUGCCUACCGAGCUAGGCGGCAUGGCGACUUGCACGCACCUGUACCUCUACGGGAACAAUCUCUCUGGCGCCAUCCCUGCCGCUCUUAAAGCCGUCACUUACCUCAAGCUGGGUCCCGGAAAUCGUUUUUGCAGCACGGUUCCCGGCUCGCUGUGCGCUGGCGCGUCGGCGGAGCCGCUCCCCGCAACUCCCGCUCCGGUGGAGGACUCCGCGGAUGAGACGGGAAGCCUCCCUCCGCUGAUCACCGCGCCACUCCCCAACUGUCCGCCGUGUGCCGGGGACGAUUUGCCGGGGCUCGAGGACGGGUGCACGUGCGCCAAGCCGUCGCUGCUCAAGAUUCGUUUCAAGGACCUGGACUUCGCGGCUUAUAACGCGAAUCAGGAGGACGUGCUGCUUGGCGAGUUGUCCCGCGCGCUGCAGCUGGAGCCACGUCAGCUGAUGGUGAUUGGGCGCGAGCCGGGCAGCGUGAUCCUGUACCUGGCGGUGCUGCCGGUGAAUGGUUUGGCGCUGGAUGCGCGGCAGGAGGCGAAGCUGGUGGACGCCGUCACGGGCCACCGCGUCAUUCUCUCCAAGGCCUUCAGAGACUACGAAGUCCUCGGAGCGCCCGGUCUCGCGUUCAAGCCGUCGCAAGAGUCGCAGAACGCCGACGCCGAGUCGUCCUCCGCGUCUUCCGGCGCAUCUUCCGGCCUCAGCACUGGAGCCAUCAUCGGCAUCGUCGUCGCGUCGCUCGCGGCCGCGCUGGUUAUCGCGGCGCUCUUCUGCCAGCUGCUGACGUGGCGCCGCGACAGGAACGCCGCGCGCCGCGCUGAUGUGGAGAACUCACGGAUGGCCAAGGUGCUGACGGGCAGCAUCGAGGCGCCGUACAGGCCGCACGGGAAGAACUCCAUCUGGGGAAGGUGGGAUUUGCCACGUGGCAGCCCCUUCCCGCCCGUGAAGCCGUCGAUCUCGGGAGGCAACUCGUUCAACGAGCCCGCGCUCUCCUUCCGCAGCGGCAUCCCCGGCACUCCCGCUGGCGCGCGCGCGAAUGGCGGCGGCGACAGCGGAGCAGGCACGCCGCGCGACACGCCCGGCGUGUCAGAGCGAAGCUUCGCGUUCCAAGGCGCGAGCUCGCCCACCUCCCCCGCCAACACCGCCGGGUUGUGCGGCGGCGACAACGGCGACGACCCGCGGACGCCCGAGAUCGGGACGACGCGAACGGUGGGCGACGCGGAGGGCGGAGGCAGCCCUCAGGAGGUAAUGGAGAUUAAGAAGAUCGGUCUUAAGGCGAUCCACGCGGCAACGCAGGGGUACUCGAAGGCGAACUUAAUCGGCGACCGCGGGCACGGGCGCAUGUACAAGGCGGACUUCUCGAGCAAGGCGCGCGUGCAGAUGGCGGUGCUGCUCGAGCUGUCCGGGGAGAAGCUCGACGAGCCGGAAUUCGCGGCGGCGGUCAAGGCGCUGGGGGACCUGUGCGUGCAGUCGAACCGCCUCGUGGCAAUCAUGGCGUUCUGCGCGGAUAAGGGCCAGCGGUGGGUGGCCUAUGAGUAUCUGCCAGGUGGCAGCCUCAAAGACCACCUGCACGGGGACCUGCGCUUCGAGCGCGCGCUGACGUGGCAGAAGCGCGUGCAGAUCGCGGUCGACGUGGCCGCGGCGCUGGAGUUCCUGCAUGAACAGUGCGAGCCGCUGGUGAUUCACCGCGACGUGUCAGCCGACAACGUGGUCCUGGACGGCGAGCUGCGCGCGAAGACUAAAGACGUGGGCAUCCACACGCUCGUGCGCGAUUGGUCCGAGGGCCGCGCCGUGUCGCCGUCCGUGCUGGGGUCCAUGGGGUACCAGGCGCCCGAGUUCCGCGUGAGCGGCGAGCAGACGGCGCGGUCCGACGUGUUCAGCUUCGGCGUGGUGCUGCUGGAGCUGCUGACCGGCCGGAAGCCCGUUGACUCGUCGCGACCCAAGGGGCAGCAGUCGCUGCUGACGUGGGUGCUGCCGCACCUGGAGAACAGGCUCGCCGUGACGAGCCUGGUGGACCCGUACCUGCGGCUCAACUCCACGCUCGACCCCAAGUCGCUGCACCUGUUCGCGCUCGUCGCCGCGCACUGCCUGCAGCACGAGCCCGAGGACCGCCCGCGCAUGGCGGAGGUGCACAGCCAGCUGCAGCACCUGCUGCUCUCGCUCUCCCCCGACGGCCUCCCCUCCCCCAUCUCCCCCAACGCGGCCUCCGCCUCCCCCCUCUCCCCCGCCUCCCCCGCCUCCCCCAUGUCCCCCAUCCCCAACCUCACCGCCGCGUCCCCCUGCACGCAUGCUCCGAGCCCCGACGCGGAGAACGAGAGCUGCUCGGUGGCGGAUUCAGGCACCACGAGUGGCACACACGUGUCGCACUCGGCACGGCGCUACGACCAGAAGCGCUGGGUGCAGGUCGCACCUGGCCCGGGCACUGCCGUCAAGACCCACGCUAGUGCCGUGACUCCCGCUGCCACUGGUGCUGCUGCUGGUGUGGCGAAUGUGCGCUCACCCCUUGCGCCGGUGAUCAACCUGUGA